UAAAAUAAUUUAAUCAGAUAGCAAAUACUAAAAUGCAUUUAAAAUUAUUAUUGGUUAGUUUAUUUAUUGUGUUUAGUAACUAUUGUUUAACAAGUGCAGCACCCACGCCCGAUGAAACAAAUUUAGAAAAGAAAAAUGUGGAAGCUACAAAAUUAAAUCCAGUUGCGGAAGAAGCUAAAUCAGAUACAGAUGGAAAAACACGUGAAUCUAGGCACUUAAAGCAUAAAUUAUUCGGAUUAGGUUUAGGUGGUUUCGGAAUUCAAAUUGGUGGUGGAUUAGGAGGUGGCUAUGGAGGUGGUUAUGGAGGUGGGUACCAACAAAGUAGUGGCUACCAACAAAGUGGUUAUCAAGGUGGUUAUAGCGGCGGCGGUGGUAGUACAUGCGAUGUUUGUGGACAGCGGCAGCCUGUUUACGAACAACAUGUUCAUCAACAACCUGUUUACCACCAACAAGAAAUAUAUCAAACAGAAGUGAAACAACCCAUUGUACAUCAAGAAGUUGUACGAAAAGAAAUUAUCCAACCUGUGUACAAACAAAAAGUCAUUCAACCUGUCGUACGUGAAGAAGUCUAUGAAAAGGCACCAAUUUACAAGGAUACCAUUUAUGAGCAUGUACAACAGAAACCUGUUGUACAACAACCCGUUCAAGGCGAAUAUUGUGAUCCAUGUGCCCAAAAACAACAAUUACAACAUGGAGGGAACUUGGGUGGUGGUGGUGGAUCUGCUGCUCAUUCUCAAGCAAAUAGUCAAUCGUCAGCUGGCAGUGCCAGUUUGGGGGGUUCAUUUUCUUUCGCGCAAAGUCAAGCUAGUUCACAAUCUGGCAGCGGCAGCUACGGCAAGAAAAAGUAAACAAAAAAAGAUUAAGUCAUGAAGAGAAUUUAAAUUUAAGAAACGAAAAACAUUCGUGUUUGAUUUUAGCACAUUAAGAUGUAAUAUAGGGUGAUCUUAGAAUUUUUGUUUUAUUCCCCAUAACUUUUCAAUUGAGUGAGUAAAAUUUCUAAAAAUCGUCACCUUCGCCUCAUUUGUGAUAUCAGUCCUCGUAAUUCUAAAAUAUUAUAGGUUAUAACUUACGAUUUAAACAUUUUUUCGAUCAGGAUGCCUUGAAAUAACGAUAUUAGCCAUUAAAAUUUUAUACCUACUUUAUAUUAUACUAUGUAUUUUACCAUUUUUUAAAUAAAAAUGUUUAAAACUUUGAGCAAGUCGUUCGGACUUUGGACAAUAUCAAUGUUUGUAUUGCGAUUGUAACAAGAGAAAAGACUUUGAGUGCUUACACCAUGGUCAAUGAUCAAUUGUGUAAGCCCUUGACCUUUGUGUGUUCGCUGUUGCACAGUUUCGCCAUACGGAUUUUAUAAAAUAAAAAUGUAUUUUCCAUAUA